AUGGCCUUCUCCACAAUUUACAACGUUUUCUUCAAGAGAAACUCUGUCUUUGUCGGCACCGUGUUUGCCGCAUCGUUCGUGUUCCAAGCCGCCUUCGACAGCAGUGUCACAUCGUGGUACGAGGCCCACAACAAGGGCAAGUUGUGGAAGGACGUCAAGUUGAAGCUUGGCGAGUCUGGUGACGACGAAGACGACGAUGACGAGUAA